CAACAACGGAUUCGUCUUGUGCUAUACCAGAUAUUCUUCGAUAUGGAUAGAAGAGGAGGAGGCCCUCCUGCGAAUAAAAGGCAUAAACCCAAUAACUUCGGUGCCCCACAAGGCAAGAACGGCAUCCAAGGCGGCUCCAGCAAUCACUCCAACCCGCGUCCGCAGCACCAAAACAAGGACAAGUCGAAUCCACUAGAUCUCCUCGAGCGUCUGCCAAACCCCAAAGACUGCGUCAGGUGCAAGCUAUCCGCCUCAGAAAGGGAAAAUGGCUUGAUUGCAUUGUUGGAUCAGCUCGUUCACGACGAAUCCGGACCUGAAGCGGACACCUCAAUCCUCCAGCACGCCCAGCAACUCCGUGCCUCUCUCUCCAAACGUGCAACCGCCAACUCUCUCCCCUCCCAGCUCAAGCAACAUCUCGAUCAAAAACGCCCAGAAACAGAAAAAUACGUCGUGGUCCCCUCAUACAUCGAAACGCGCCUCAAUCGCGCAAAAGCCGUUCCACCACUUCCCCCAAUCACAGAGCCCUACCUCGAAGAAGCCGUCUUCACCCACACAUCCGCCAACUACACAGCUCUCGCCCGCCGCACCCUCAACGACGCGAUCAACUACGAGCGCCUCGAGUUCCUCGGCGACGCAUACAUCGAGCUUGUCGCCUCCCGCCUCAUCUACUCCCGCUUCCCGCACCUCGACCCCGCCAAGCAAUCCUACUUCCGCGAGAAUCUCGUCAAGAACGAGACACUGCAGGUCUUCUCCGAAGCAUAUGGGUUUCCAGAUCGCCUAAAGCAUGGUGGCCAUACGGACAUGUCGGGCCAGAAGCACUGGACGAAGGUGCAGGCAGACGUCUUCGAAGCGUACGUCGCGGCGGUCGUGCUCUCGGAUCCAGAAGAUGGGUACAGGACGGCCGAGCAGUGGCUCACCGAGCUCUGGGCCCCGAAACUGCUCGAGUACAAGGAGGCGCCUGUCGAGAACCCCAAGGCACGUGACGAGAUCAACAAAUUGCUGAUGGCGAAGGGAAUCAAGCUUGACUACCGCAUGGCGAGGGACAUGCAGAUGGUGGAUGGACUGCAGAGGUUCUUCAUUGAUUUGUAUCUGACCGGAUGGGGUUUUGAGAACCAGCUUUUAGGGAGCGGAGAGGCGCAAAACAAGUCGCAAGCGUGUGUCUUCGCGGCCAUGGAUGCGCUACAGAAUCGGAUGGACAUUGUCAUGAAGGCGAAUGCGAAGAAGUUGGAGGUGUACCCGCCUAAGCCGAAGGAAAACCCCGAGACUGCGGAGCCAAAGAAGCAGGGAAAACCAGAAGAGAAGGCGGAGAAGGACAGAACGGAGGAGAAAGCGCUUGACUCGUCCGAAGAAGACGAGAAAAAGAGGCGGAAAAGGGAGAAAAAGGAUAAAAAGAAGCGAAAAGAGCUUGCAUCUUGAUGAAAGUAUCUGCGCACUACGGUCAUUUCGAAUUGCGAUAUGCUUAUAUGCAUAUAUUCCCAAGGAUUUGAGGUAUGUGAAAUUCGAUCUCACCAGAAACUUAACUACGCCAAAAUCUGAACGCCAUAUCAUUUGUUAUACCCAGGCCAUAUAAUCCAUUAAAAUAAAGAUUACUUCGAC